AUGCUGACUCCUCCCGCAGUGUCACACCUCCACCCAGGCCAAUCUCGAAAACGAAAAGCCGAGGAUGAUGACCCGAUCGACAUCCGUAUGACUCCCUCUCCACGGCUUCACACUCUUCCCCUCGCAUCCCAUCAAAGACCAAGCCCCAAACGGUCUCGUACAGAGCCUUUGGGCCGUCCCCUCUCUUUCACCCGCAUCCUGGAGACUCUAGAUGCGAACGCUCUACGCGGCGCCCUUCAGGAAAUAUGUAUGCGGCAUCCUACUCUGAAGCAAGAGAUCGAAGCCACUUCACCACGACCAAGCGUGGCCUCCGCACUCUCGGUGCUGAAAACAUACGAGACGGCUCUCUCAGAUUCGUUUCCCUUCGGUGGAGACCACACAUCCGAUUACGCCUACAACAGAGUUCGCCCAGCUCUUAUGCAACUAUUAGAUGCUCUGGCGGAUUUCGUUCCACAUUUCCUACCUCCGAAUGAGACGCAAGCUUCCACCUCACUUCAGUUUCUUGAUGGAGCGACGGAAGUCAUACAUCGACUGCCAGUAUGGCAGAGCUUCCAGAACAACCUACAUAAACAAGAGGCAUAUGAGGAAGUCAGUCAUGCUUGGGUUGUGGCAAUACGAGAGGCUGGCAAGAGAGCAGGAGGCAUGCAGUUGAAGUACGAAGGGUGGGAGCAGAGGAUCAACAAGCAUAACGCGACAAGCGCAGGAAGAUUGCAGGAGGCAGUCGAUGAGCUGAGCAGAGUAUCCGGCUGGAUAGGCACAGGCCAGCCGCAGGGGAGCGGCGAGCGGAGUAAUGUGAGGCAGGAGCUGCUCAGUGGCAACUAUGGAUCCAAUGUUUCAGUUCGUGUUGGACCAUGGUAG